CAAAUAUUAAAAGUGCAAAGAUGUAGCUGUUGGAACAGGACGUGUCUAAAUAAUUUCUAAUCAUAUUUAAGUUUUCCAUUGCACCAAGAAUACCUGCUCGAAAACAAUAAAAAUGAAACAAAUUAUUGAAAAUAUAAAAAACGAAAGGCUAAAUUAAUUAACAACAAAAAAAUGUAUUGAAAAUUAUUUAUAUUUAAUAAGAGGAAGAUUUCACAUUCAUAAGUGAAAUAAGUAAAUAAUUAAUAUACACACAUACAGACACAUUAUGGUAUGUACGUAAUUGGUGUUAGAACAACAUAGAGAUAUUUUAAGUGGAAUGAAGUGAUUUUAAUAAUGAAAAAUGUAGUGAAAUGCUAUCUAUUUGCGUAUACACUACAAAAUGAACUAUGAGAAAAGGGAAAAGCGUAAAAAGUGAAAAUGUAUACAAGUACCUAUACAUGUACAUAUGUAUAUUUCGGAGAAUGUAUGUGUGUGAAUGAUAUUUAAACAACUUAUUAAAUGAAACAUGUACAUGCUGGGUAUCUCUCGAACCAAGAACUUUAUGAAACUAUGCUAAACCACAGAAUAAUAAGACUAUAAACGUACAUAAGGCAAAAUUUAUUCGAAUAAUCGUCUAAAUAAAACACUAUGGAUGUCAUUUUGAAAGCAAAUCAAAUGGAUACACCUGAAGAACAACGUUCUCCCAAAGGUUUAGAAAAAUCAAAAAUGUUAGAUAUAACCAGAGAUCGACCAGUCAAAGUUGCAGUAAAGGUAGCUGUACCCGUCCGAGACCAUCCAAAGUUCAAUUUUGUGGGUAAAUUAUUGGGACCGAAAGGCAACUCCAUGAAACGUUUACAAGAAGAAACAAUGUGUAAAAUGGCUGUUCUUGGACGAGGUUCCAUGAGAGAUCGAAAGAAGGAAGAAGAAUUGCGAGCGAGUGGUGACAGUCGAUAUGCCCAUCUAUUUGAUGAUUUGCAUGUAGAAAUUUCCACAUUUGCGGCUCCCGCAGAAGCCCAUGCCCGCAUUGCUUAUGCUCUAGCAGAAGUGAGACGAUUUCUAGUACCGGAUUAUCAUGAUGACAUACGACACGAACAAAUGUGGGAAAUGCAGGCUUUAACUUCUUCAACUACUUUGCAAAAUUCGGGUAGUGAUCAGGCAAGUCCCACUCGCAUUAUUGAAGGUGGUAUUACCGAUAUGGAUACUUCAAACGAUGAAAAAUCUGACAACGAAUUAUCUGUCAUGGACUGCAUGACACCUGGAAAAAUGGAAAAAACACACAACUCUUCUAAUCCAAAUGCAGUAACUCCGAAUUCAACAGAUCCUCUUAAGAUACCACCAACAAGUGCAGCAUCACUGCAUCCCUGUACAAUGGCUGUCACAUUACAGCAUCAGUUUUCUGCGGCUGGUAUUGGAGGCCUACUAAAACCAACGCCUACGGUAGCGGCUGUUACCGGUCUAACACCAGCUCAACCAACCACUACCUUGAGUUUGCCAAAUGAAGCAGAUGCUAGCGCUACUUCAGCUUUAACUCUUCUCGAUUCUGCGGGUACAUUACUCCAUCCUGCUCUAAGAAACAUUAAGACGAUUAAUAUCGCUGGAAAUUUGACACGUAAACGUCCCUUGUUGGGUGUGCCACGAUCCAGUAUGAAUCCGACCAAGCGCACGGUAAUGACACUAUUAGCUAGAGCUAAAAACUCACAAGCAUUGCACACGGUACGUAAUCCAGUAGGAGCGGCACAACCAGCACCUUUCACCGACCCACUCCAGAUGUUGGCCUCGCCUUUUAUAAUACCCCACCACCAUCAUCAUCAACCCAUGGAUCAGGCAAUGUUGGCAUUGUCGAAAGAGAGUUUAGCCCAGGGUGUCUAAGAGCAAUAUUAUCCAAAAAUAUAAUUUUUAUUUUUUAGAACGACUAAAUAAAAGUAGUAUUUAUGUAUUGUAUAUGUGUAAGUGUUACGAAUACAUUUGCCCAAAAAUACAUACUUACUUGGACAAGUUUUCAAUUAACAUCACCAAAUUAUACUGCGAUCCUUAAAAAAAUACCCCCGCCUCCUUGAACUACUUAGUAGGUUUACCAAAAUAAUAUUAAUAAUUACUGAGCAAUGUUACGAUCAACAUUAAUAUUUGUUGAUUUUUUUUAUUAAAAAAGAACUUAAUUAUGAUAUAGGUACAUACAUAAAUACAUACAUAUAUUUACAAAGAUUAAAAUGAAAAUAACAACAACAAAAAAGAAAGUAAUAUUGAUUAAAUUAAUUUACUUUAUGAUCGAUCGAUGACUUAAAAGGAAUAAGUGAAAUGAAAAUACCAACAUUUAGGGACUAAAAUUAAAAAUAAGCAAACACACAUAACUACAAAUAUACUCACACAUAAACAUAAAAAAAUAAUAAUUCACAUUUACACAACACUCAUUUACUCCAAUUGUAUCCUAACUCAUUUUCGGCUUAGACCUGAUUACUACAAAAUAUAGACUGAAUUAAAGAUACUUUUUACAUAUACAUACAUAUCGCCCAUUUACUACAGGACUGGUAUAAUCCAAAAUUCGGGUUUUUUGAACUAAGGGUUACAAAGCUCUUACUAAAGUUUUUCAUAUAGUUUUAUUAAAUUUUAAAUUUGUCUAAUAUUUUCGGUGUGAUAUUGAUUUUUUGUUUUAAAUGUAAAAACUAAAACUUUUAUUUUCACGAAUAUUAGAUAAAUAAAAAUUAAAUAUCAAUUUAAAGUUCUUUUUCUCGAAACGGGGUUUUUUUUGGAUUAUGCCAGUCUUGUAGUAAAUAAGCGAUAUGUAUGUAUAUAAUAUUUUAUUUCGGUGUGAGAAUAUUUUUUAAUUAAACAACAUUUAAAGACACCUUUCUCAAAAGUAUGUGUCUGAAUUAGGACAUUUCUUAAGUAAAUGAGUGUUAAGUAUUUAUUCAUAAAGUCAUACACAUACACGCAGAUAAAUUCUAUUUCUAAUACAAUUAGACACUAAUUUACUCAUAAAGCUUUUUAUAACAAAAACAACCGAAAUACAUACACACAUACAUAAAGAAAAAUAAAAAAAUUAUACAACAACCACAACAAAAGAACAAAAUAAUUACAUAUUACAGAAACAUACCUACAUACAUACAUAUAUUAUUAUGUAUAUUUUAAUUUUAAACAAAAGCCAUAUAAAACAUUACCAUAAAUCUUAAGAAAAAACGAAUAUAGUGAAUUAAUAGAAAAUAUUUAACAAAUAAAAAAAUUUAUAAAAAAAAUAUUUAUAUAUGCAUACAUACUUAACAACUAACCUGAUAACGAAAUUACUUUAUAAAGAUUACUUUAACAAAAACAAAAGAAAAACAAAAUAAAUAUUUAUAACCAAAAAUUUUAAAAAAGAGGAAAUACAAAUUUUUAACGUGUUAAUAGUUUUGACACACACUCAAUGAAUGUUGUACUUUAAAUUCAUCCAUAUUUACUUUUUAAUAUACAUACAUAUGAAUGUAUAUAUAUUUUUUUGUUUCUUUUUUCAUAAAAUUGAAAAUUAAAUUACAAAAAAUGUAAUAUGUUAGGGUGUUUUUGAAGUUUUUGUUUUUUAAUUGCAAGUUGUGCAGGUUGUUAUUCUGUAAAUAGAAGGAAGAUAUUUGCAAAAACAAAAUAGUCAUUUAAAAUUUUAAAGUGGAUGCUUCCAAAGGACUACAAUUAUUUGACCUGUGCUUUUAUGAAUUAAGAAAAGUAAAACUAAGAAAAUGCGCUGACAAAUGAGCUUUAACAUUAUAUGGAGUCAAGAAUUUAAAAUUAUUGUUAUACAUACCCCCUAAAUAGGUUGUGUGAUUAUAGGAUAUCGUGAAUCGAACAUUUCCCCCAUACAAUAUUUGAGCUCUAUAAAGCAUUUUUAUAUUGUUAUUGGUCAAGCUGGUAUGAUAGAAUCACCAAUUACGACCAUUUCGGAAUUAAUAACUCUUAUUAUUCAUUAUAUACAUACUUACAUAUGAUUUAUUUUAUAAAUUGUAUUAAGAAUCCCAAAUGGCAAAAAUUUAAUAAACCCUGCAUAGCUACAAAUUCAUACACAUUUAGUAAGAUUUCAACAUAAAUCGGUGGUUCUAUUUAUUAUCCAGAACUAAACAAGAAUUUAAUUAAUAAUUUUAUUUUUUAUAAUAUAAUAUUGAAUGAACACUUUCCUUGAGCGAUGAAGCAAGUUCAAUAACAAGAGGUUUCAAAUUGAUCAAAAUAAACUAAAAUUAAACAUGGAAAAUCAAAAGUUGGUUAACAAAAAGUAGAUGUUUUUAUUUCUUCUAUACACCUGUCUUAAAAUCUAUUUAACUUUUUUCCAAGGAAUGUAUUAGAUUCUGUUGGGAAUAUCCAAUAUGUAUGUAUAUAUGUAUAUGUACAUAGAUAUUCGAAUUAAAUUUUCUUCUUAAUGUGAACGCCAAUCAGAUACAUACAUAUGUAUGUCUCAUUCAUUCAUUAAAUUAUACAAGAAUCGUAUCCAAUCAAGCAGCCAACUAACCAGCCCUUCUUAAAAGGGUUUCUUUAAAUUUCGCGUGAAUCUAUGGAUCUAUUUUUACUGUAUUUCAUAACUACUUAUAUAUUUUUAGAUUUUAUAUAUUUUUUUUACAUUUAUAUGUCUUUAUAUAAUAAAAACACCAAUAAUAUUUAUUUAUUCUCAAAUAUGAAAUUGUUAUUUACUAAACAGAUUAAAACACCAAAAAAAAAAGAUAAGAAAUGCAAAUUAACUACAUAUAAUAAAUUUAAUAAUCACCCAAAUUAAUUCAAAAUUUAGCCAUUGAACACAAAACAUGCAUGUUUAUAUGAAUGUUGUUUCUAAUGUUUUUGGCAUUAAAAUAUUUAAAGAAAAUAAAUAAUAUAUUUAUACAAAAUAAAUAUGUAUUUAAAAAUCAAAUUAAAGUUAAAUAUUAACAAGUGAAUAAACCACUAAAGUACAUACAAAAUUGAGCAAUGCUGGACAAAUGAUUAUUUUUGUCAAUGUGCUUUGCUUUUUAAACAAACAAAAAGAUAUAAACAAAUCUAAAUAAAAAGCAUCAAUUAAUUAAUUAAAUAAU